GGUGAAUGCGAAGAAUCGUAAAAGAAAAAAAGCGAAACCAUUUUAUCCAAAAACCCGUUACGAUAUGGAAGUUAACAGUGGUUCUUCAUCUUCUUCAUCAAUAAUAUCUGUUUCUCGUAACAGAAAUUCUCCAUCAUCAGAUCGUUUCAUCGGCAUGUUCUCAAGAUCUCAUCCAGAAAACGGAGGAGGAGGAGAUAGUAUUCUUUCUGGUUGUGUUGAUGAUGGUGAUGAACUAGAUGAAGAUGAUGUUUUCUGGACUGGUGAUUUCUCUCAAUCUAACGAUCUUUCUUCUCAAUCAAGCCCUAAAUCAUCAUCAUACAACAAGAAUACUACUAAUAAUCAAACAAUUGGAUUCAAGAAUUUCGGUAUUCUUGCUGCAUUACCAGAAGAUGGUAAAAAAGAAUCCCCGUUAAUUGAUCGAGUACAUCGGAAAACUACUACGAUUCCGUCUCCGUUAUCUUCGUCGUCGAGGAUGAUACCUACGAUUCCUAAAGCGCAAAACCCUAGAGAUAGGGAUUAUUAUCAUCUUUCAUUACCUAAUGGUAAAAUCCAGCAUUAUCAAUCAGCUCCUGUUAAUGUACCUGUACUUUCCAAAGCGGCGAAAGAAAGAAGGAAAACUAGGGUUUUAUUUGAUGAUGAUGUUGUUGGUAAUGAUGAUUAUGAUGACGAUGAAGAAAUGUUACCACCUCAUGAAAUUGUUGCUAGAGGUUCUGGUAAAUCACCAAGAACAACUUUCUCUGUUCUUGAAGGUGUUGGUAGGACAUUGAAAGGAAGAGAUUUACGUCAGGUUCGUAAUGCUGUUUGGCGCCAAACCGGAUUUAUUGAUUGACGACGGAAUUGAACAAGAUUUCAUUAGCUUCACUGUUACUAGUAUGGUGAUCACCCUCACAAACUCUGUUGGAGAUCCACAUAACAAAUGUUCCAAGCCAAAGCUGAAGCUGAAGCUGAAGUGCUCAACCAUCCAAAUUCAGUGUAUAAAAAGUGAUUUUGUAUUGAAAUCCUACCACUCCGCUUAUUUGUAAGAUAAACUAAAAAAACCUAGAGAGAGUAUUAUUGCCAACUCUGGUGGGGAUAUGCCUGUUGGAAUUAAAUCCAAAGAGACCCCUAGGGACACAUGUUUCCUAUGCUUUCUAGAAUAUCAUCGGUGCAUCGAUAAUGAGACGGAUUAAGUGAAUUAAUUACUUUAAGUCUUAACAAGCAUAUCUCUCGAGAGCGGUGCACAAUGCGCUGUAAUUGUAUAAUUUUUAGAACAGAGGGACUCAUCAGAACAGUUUAUUAAUCCACUACAGUUCCCUAUUUCUUUUG